AAUACGGCUUUUCAGCCACCCAGACCACCCCCUGGUUACACUCCUUUACCAGUAUCCGCAUCUCAAAUUCUUCUACAAUUGACAAUUUCAAACAAAUGUGGACAAGCAUUUAGAUGGCAUGGCGUAGAUGUGUAUGAACCAAUAGAAGAAAGAAUAGCUGUGAAGAAAGAAGAAGAGGAUGGCAAUGCUUCAAUACCUAGAAUUAGAACAUACAAUAGAACGACAGAAUGGUCCAUGUGCUUAUCAGACAGGAUUGUAUUCGUACGUCAAGAUGUGGAAAGGGGUUACAUCUAUUUCAAAACACUCAUGGGAGAGUCUUCAAAUGCACCAAAACUCGCAGAACAAGUCGACCCUGCAAAUAUCGAAGUACAAACCGCUGCGUGGCUAAAUGACUAUCUCAAUUUGGACGUCCCAUUAGCUUCCCUGUACGAAGAAUGGAGUGAAAAGGACAAAGUUUUCGCUCGAUUUGCCAAAAGGUUUGGAGGUGUACGGAUGCUAAGACAAGAUCCAUGGGAAACAUUGUGUGCUUUCAUAUGUUCAUCCAACAAUAAUAUCGCUCGAAUAGGACAAAUGGUGCAAAAUCUAUGCACUCAUUUCAGUCACCCUAUGGCAACUGUAACGUAUCCUCCUCCACCUACAGAGGUGUUUGCUGGCGAUGAAGAAGUUCAAGCGAUGCCAACAACGAUCACAUAUUUCCCCUUUCCAUCUGUGGAAAGACUAGCAGAGAAAGAUGUUGAUGCGAAAUUACGCAAAUUGUCUUUUGGAUAUCGUGCUCCUUACAUACAGGAUACAGCACGUCUACUUCUUGACACAGUUGCAAGCUCUAAAAAAGAGACGGAUGGGAUAGCCUACGAUUCGCCUUACCAGUAUCUGCAUUCGCUACGUACAAUGGAUUACCCGUCCGCUCGCCAGGAGCUCAUCCGUUGUCCCGGUGUUGGCCCAAAAGUGGCAGAUUGCAUCUUGUUGAUGGCGAUGGAUCAACCCUCGAGUAUACCGGUGGACAGACAUGUCUUUCAAUUUGCAGAGAGAUGGUACAAGAUUCGAACGAAAGGAGGUCAUAAAGGCUAUGAACAUAUUGCAGAUACCUUUAGAAAGCUAUGGGGACCUUAUGCAGGUUGGGCGCAUUCAGUCUUGUUUACAGCCGAUCUUCGUGCAUUUCAAACGUACAAGGUG